AUGAAGACUGUAGUUUUGAUAAUCCUGCUAAUUGUUGGCGUGCUUGCGCAAUCUCCCAUGUAUCUGGAUCCGAAUGGCCCGGAGGCUACUGUAAGUCCUAUUAGUGCGACAAGCGAGGUGUUCCCGCUUGCAGAACGUGAUCAGUUGCGGAAAACGGCAAUUAGGAGGCGUAGGGAAGGUGGAUGCCUAUAAAAGGUUGUAAAAAGUGCCCACAAGGCCUGGAAAAGCCGUUGGAUGCUCGGCGGACGCUUGGCGGACAAUACGCAAUUUUUGGUGAUUGUGGGUUUGAUUAUGUAUAAGUAGAAGCAAAGGUACGGGUUACCACGUAUGGGCUUUGCUUACGAAGCUGCAAUUUUUACGAAACGAAAAAUUGACCUAUGCAGAAUCCUUUCCCAAAAUUUGAAGAAGAUAUGAGACUUGUAUCUCUCCCCUUUCAAUUAUCUUUCCCUUCAGGCAAUAGCGAAUGAUUUGACGCGGCAAUACGCAGACAAAAUUAACGCUCCGGGAAGCCUUCGAUUGAACCGAGUGGAGGAAGCGAUGGUGUUGGGAAGAGGAACCCGGACCGAACAGUACACGAUCAAAGCCUUUGUGACAACCAUGCACGGAUCACAUACCUUCUGUACGCGAUUUUAUGCCCUUCGCUCUGACGGAACCCUGACUUUGUACUCGUGGAAUAUGUGUUAG